AGAAAAGGAAGGAAGGAGACCACGUCGACACGUAUCUUCUUCUCGUUUCCACCAACUUCCAUCCUCUUCAACCUGCUGUUUUCUCCUACAAUGGCGAGCUCUGCGGUGAUUGGGUGGAGGAUUCUGUUCCUUCUAUUGGCUUGCACAAUGGUUUCAACUCUAGCUUACACACUCGUCACUGAUGGCUCUCCUUUCCGCAAAGAACUUCUCUCACGGUUAAUGGUGACAGUAUUAGUUGAUUUCUAUUUCAAUGUGACAAUUAUUGCGGCAUGGGUUUGCUACAAGGAAUCAAACUGGAUUGCCACAGCGAUUUGGAUAGUUUUUCUUGUAUGUCUUGGCAGCAUCGCUACAUGUGCCUACAUCCUUUGGCAGUUGUGGCAAUUAUCGUCUCAGGAAUCUUUUGAAGAUAUUAUGUACAGUGUUCUUAUCAGGGAUACAAACAAGAAUGGCGUGCAGCAGCCCAGGAAGCCCUCCAAUACGAUGAUUGCAAAAAUAGUUUUUGGUGCUAUGGGUUUUUUGAUGGCGGUAACUUUGGCCUAUCUUUUCAGCGAUGGUUCACCUUUUAACAAGGACCUUUUUACACCCUGGUUGGUGGCGACGCUGAUUGAUUUCUAUAUAAACGGCACAGCUAUAUCAGUCUGGAUGUUCUACAAAGAAGAAUCUUGGCUUACUGCUUUCACUUGGAUAGUUCUAUUCUUAAUCUUUGGAAGCGCCUCUUCGUGUACUUUCAUUGUUAAGGAGCUAUUCAAGCUCAACUCCGACGAUCCAGCAUACCUUGUUUUAUUUAAAAAUUCUAACAGAGGUAGUAGAUGAGUUGGAUAUUCAACACUAUUGGCUCUCUACAUAGCCUUCUGGCUUAAUAGAGGUAAAAACUUAAUAUGGCUUCUUCUUGCAUAUUGUUAUCCAUUUAUGAUAGGUCAGAAAGAAGGUAUGAAAGAACGUCGUCCUCAUAAGGUGCAAAGGAAGUUAGAGGAAUUUACCUUGUUCUGGUACGUAUCAAAACGUUACGUUGAAAGCCGAUUCAUUGGGAUGUCAUGUUUUUUAUUAAUUGAGAAUAGUUUAAAUCUUAUAGUUUUUUCAUGAUAUUUGCUUGGUGAACUUGUACAAAAACUCCAUAGCAGAAACUCUAUCAAAUGAUCAAAAUAACCUUAGAAGCCUUUUGUAAUAUCUAUGGUUUGUAUCUCAAGCAAUGAUUGGAUUUCCUUUUA